AUGGCCGCCCCCUGCACGAACUGCGCCCUGCACCUACACCAGAAGGCCACGCCACAGCAUCUUGCGCAGCUCCUGUUGUGGCACCUUGGCAAGGCCGCGGUGGUACCGCAUCUUGCGGCUCUCUGUGACAAUGUCUGGGCGCAGCCAGGGGGAGUCACGCUCUCCAUUGAUACGAGCAAGGCGUUUGACACUGUCAAUCGACAGGUCCUCGAGCACGAACUGCGAGCGGCCCAUGUACCGGAGCCGGAGCUGGAUAUCAUUCUCCACCUCCACCACUGCAUCGGCUACUGGCCGGCGGGCCAGGACCCCACAACCCGGGUCGCUAGUGAGAGGGGUGUGCGGCAGGGCUGUCCGCUAGCACCAAGCUUGUGGACCCUCAUCACUGUUGCACUGUUUCGGGCGCUAGCAGGAGUUACUUCCGUUACUUGGCUUCAGGAGGACGCAACUAUGUAUGCGGAUGACCUGUUAUUGCAAUGGGUUUUCCACCGUGUGCAGGACCUGGAGCAUAUGGUAAGCACCAUCGAGCAAUGCUUUCGGAUCCUAGCUCAGCUCGGCCUUCAAGUCCAGCAUCGGAAAAUGCAACUCAUCGUGGCGUAUAAAGGACGACAAGCCAAACAAUGGUGGCGCGCUCACACGGCCUCCACUUCGGAGGGCCGCUCCCUGCUUAUACCCCAGCCUGGACGCAAGGCGCUCCGCCUGCCCAUUGUUACGCAGCUGACGUACCUAGGCAUAGUUCUUUCUUAUGUAGAUGCCACAACUGCCACAGUCGAGCACCGUCUGCAGGUUGCCGAGGCGCAGCGAGCCCGCCUUCUCAAAGUUCUUCAUUCCCGCACACUCCCUCUGACUAAGCGGGUGCAGCUCUGGCUGGCUUGCGUCCGGAGCUUUGCCUUGUAUGGUCUACAUCUUGUGGACUUGCAGCAGAGGCGUGUUGCGCGUAUCACUGUUACCUUGGUCAGGCACUUGCGGGCAAUUGCGCGCAGCUUUGCGCGCAUGACUCAGGAGUCCAGCAAAGCGCCUAGGAUUGUGAACUGGCUUGUCCAUGUCACCGAAUCUAAGCUGGCACUGACCUCACACCUUGACCAGGCAACGGCCGGGCCCUCCGCCUCCGCUCCGCCGUCUCAGAACACGGAUUUCCAGACUGUGGAGACCGCGGUUACGUCUCCUCCGUACGCAAACACAGCGUUGAUGGGAUGCCAGUUUGUGUACAUUGUCGCAAGGCCCCCCGGCGAACCGGAGCAGCGGCACACGCCAGCAACAGCAGCCGUCGACAGGACGCGGCGGACGCCGGGGCCGCGAUGUCCCGGACAAUCGCAGCGGACCCUCCAAGAUGCCUUCGGAAGAUCACGCACUGCUCCACCGCGUUGCCAAGGCCCUCAUCGUUCAAGCGGACUAUACCUGUCGCGCCUUCAGAGCGAUCACACCGUCAUCUUCACGUUUCGGACGGGCAACGGCCCACAGCUGAUGGUGCCGCUUCUUCAGGAGGUCGCGGCCACCUGGCGCGAGCAAUGUCAGCAGAACAAGGUGACCCGAUCCCUCAAACAGACUCUCAUUCAAUAUCUUGCAGCGGAGAUCGUCACCAGGGUCACUGCCUUCGCGACCGACAAGGAGUCCCAGGCGAAGGCCCAAGAACUGGGGUGGAUUACGUCAGAAAUGGAAUACAAUGUCUUGGACCAGAUUCUAGCGGACGCCAGGCGGCUCAAGACCUUGUUGAAGCAUCCGGCCGCGGAGGCGAUGGCGAUCUUCCGAAAAUGGUAUGCCAACUCAGCGCUCCUGCUGCUGUCCCUCCGCCUCAAGCCGGCCCGCCCGGAGCGGUCGCCGCUGAUCAAAGAGAUUCAGGAAGCUGUGGGAUGGUAA